CUGAGUGAAACGAAUGUGAAGGACUUUAAACAGUUAAUCUACUUUUAUAUACAAAAACAUGCAAGUCAGUUACAAUUCCCUGUAGUACACCGCGAUGGAGGGGACGGCCACAGGUACCAAUAGGACUCUUAAGCAUUGUGUUCUAGGAGUACUCAUAACCUUUGUUUUUGGAGCUGCCUAUAUUUUCGAGAUGAGGUUGAAUAUCCUGUACAAAGAAGUGCUCAAACGCGAGGAACAGAGAAACCGUGACUCCGAAACGAAAGUAGACCAACUAGAAAAAAUGCAAAACGAAAUAGCACAUAUGAAGAAACUCAUGGAAGAAGUACAAAAACGCGAGGAAGAGUUAUCGUUGAUGAAACAGAGAAACAAAGACUUAGAAACGAAAGUAGACCAACUAGAAAAAAGGACUACUGACUCAAUACAGAAGGAAAUAUCGCACGUGAAGAUAUCUAUGGAAGAAGAACAAAAGCGUAGGACUGAAAUUGACAGUAUGCAAACCACAGGAUCUGUGUACAUCCGAUGGGGACGGACGGACUGUCCGGAAAGUUCAUCUCUCGUCUAUAAAGGAUACGCCGGAGGAUCGCAUUAUUCUCAUAAAGGUGCGGCUUCUAACUUUAUCUGUCUGCCGGAAGACCCACAGUGGGGAGAUCGACAACCAACUGUAAAUUUAGCAUAUGUGUAUGGUACUGAAUAUGAAAGCAAUUUAUUUGGAGCAAAUGUGCACCAACAAGAUGUCCCCUGUAGUGUUUGUCAGGCUAGAACAGGAAGAAGCUCUAUUAUGAUACCGGCGAGGACCUCGUGUUACGGGGACUGGACUCUGCAGUAUAAGGGAUAUCUGGGAGCGGGAUAUCAUAACCACGCAGCCGCCACAGAAUAUAUCUGUGUAGAUGAAAACGUGCAAACUGUACCAGGGGAUUUUGAAAAUAAAGAUGGAAAGCUUAUCUACCCUGUAGUUUCAAAAUGUGGAUCCCUAAGAUGCAAUCCGUACAUUGAUAAUAAGCCAUUAAUCUGUGUAGUGUGUUCCAGGUGAAUUAAUUAAGAUGGGCGGUUUGCAACCGGAUACACAGAUACCGAGUCGGUACCCAUCACUGACCAGUGGCCAGUAUCUCUGAUUCAGGUACUGCCUGCGACAGGGGGUAACACUGUGCUGAGUUAUAUUUCAAUUGUUAAGUUUGAUUAUGAUGUUCAUUCGUAAUAAUAAUAAUUGUUGACAAUGAGAAAUCUGCUGAUAUUUUGGAUGUGUAUCAUAUAUGCAGUAAACUUGACAAUCCUGUCAACAGACCAUGUCUGAUCACUCGAUGUGUUCAUGUCACUGUCUGAUGUAGAAUAAAAUCAUUAUAAACCUUAUCAAUGCUGUUAAAAUACUGAAUUGUGUCAAGAUAUCAUAAUGUAAUAAAGUGCGCGAUGAAAAUAGAGUU